AGUCAGUUAUGGCGCCCCCACUAUGCGGAACAUUUAUAAGGUUCUCGCAAGCCAGUACGACCCACUUGGCUUUAUCCUACCGUACACCACCCGAGCCAAGAUGCUGGUGAGGCGCCUUUGGGAUCAGCAGAGGGGGUGGGAUGACCCGCAGCUUCCGCCAGAACUGCUGCAGCAGUGGGAAACCUGGGAAGAGGAGUUGCCGUUCCUUGCACAAAUCCUGCUUCCUCGCCCUUAUCUCCCAAAGCACAUCACGGAGUCAGUCAGUGAGAGAGAGAUCCACAUCUUCUGUGAUGCGUCAGAGCAGGCUUAUGGCGCCGUGGCCUACCUGAGAACAGUGACAGGUGAUGGCAGCUCACAUCUGGCCUUCCUAAUGGCACUUCGUCGGUUCGUUGCCAGGAGAGGGACCCCAGCUGAGCUGUACUCAGACCAAGGGACCAACUUCCGGGGGGGAGAAAGGGAACUCCAAGCAGCUUUUGCAGCCAUGACCUCUGACCUGCAGAAGCUCCUGGCUCCCCAGAAGAUCGUCUUCCACUUCAAUCCACCAGCGGCUCCUCAUUUUGGGGGAGUGUGGGAGCGGGAGAUUAGAUCUGUCAAGACGGCGCUCUACACUACAGUAGGAUCCCAACCCCUACAAGAGGAGGUCCUCCGCACGGUCCUUGUGGAGGUGGAGGGCAUCUUGAACUCCAAACCACUAGGUUAUGUCCCGUCCGACAUCAGUGAUCCUGAUCCAGUGACCCCCAACUGCUUUCUGAUGGGGCGGCCUGAUGGGGCGCUUCCUCAAGUGGCUUACCCUAAAGAAGAGCUCCUGAGUCGCCGGAGGUGGAAACACUCCCAAGUGCUGGCUGACCACUUCUGGUCUCGAUUCAUCCGGCUGUACCUUCCGAGCCUGCAGCUUCGCCCGAAAUGGCAGUCAUCCCCCGCGGACGUCACAGAAGGUUCGGUGGUGAUGAUCGUAGAUCCUCAGCUGCCUCGCGCUUCCUGGCUCGUGGGUCGCAUCUCCAAAGUCCACCCCAGUCCCGAUGGACACAUCAGGUCUGCUGACGUCAAGGUGAAAGACAGGACCUUCACCCGACCUGUGGCGAGGCUGGUGGUACUGCCUGCCCUCCCGGACGAAGACAAAGGACAAUCACAGUGACUUUAUUAGAGAAGUUGCCUUUUGUUGUGAGCAAAUGUACUUCAUACAUUUGGGGGCGGCUGUUCAAAAGGCCCCUGUAGUUGUGAGUUUUAUUCUGUUCAGUUGUUCACCUGUAGUUUCUUAGAGUGGCCAGUAGAGGUCACCCCACCGCUUUGUAUGAGAGAGAAUUCGGGCAGGGAGAUACGUGGGUGAGAUAUAUGAGCGUUUCCGCUCCCGAUUACCGGCGGAGAAGUGGUCAUUUCGUGAGAAGUGUGCGUUACUGAGCAACAGACCACACACACACACACACCCCGCUCAUAUCCACACCAAUGCA